AUGGCGAAAUUCGUGAUCGCCGGUAGAGCAGAUUGCCCAUAUUAUGCUAAAGCAGAAAUUUUGGCAGACUAUUUACACAAGAAUCUUCCUGAUUUUCAGAUACAUAAAAUCACACAACACCCUAAUGUUUGGGAGGAAUGGCUGAGAGAUUUGUGUGAAAAGAAUAAUUGGAAACACAAAAGUUCACCCAUAAUAUGGAGAGAGCUUUUGGAUCGUGGAGGAAAGGGUUUUCUUCUGGGAGGAUAUAAUGAAUUCUUAGAACACGCCCAGCUUUACUAUGGGAUCACUUCCAACAUGAAAUCUGAGUUGAUGCUGGUGAUUGCUAAAGAGAACCUGAAGACACAUAUUGAAAAGGAACUGGAGGAGAAAGCUCCCAAAACUCUCGCUGAUGCAUUGCAUGUUUGGAUUACCAGUGCUUCUUCUCCAGCCUGCUGCCACCUCAUUCCUAUUUUAGUGAGUGGUGAGGUGUUUGGUAUGCAGACUGAAGUCAGCAUCACCUUAUUCGACAAAAAACACAAGGAAGAAACUCUCCAACUCCUGAGGGAAGAGACCCAGAACCUUGUGGCACCACUCCUACAGAGCAUUGAGAUAUGCACGCGAGUGGAAGAUGCCUUCCAUCAGGCACAUGUAGUCAUCCUGCUGGAUGACAGUACCGAGCAGGAGCUGACCACAUUAGAGGAUUAUUUACGCAGCAAGCUGUUUCUGUGCAGGCUCUACGGGUACCUGCUCGAGAAAAAUGCCCAUGAUUCCGUCAAAGUGCUUGUUGGAGGGAAGACCUAUGUGAACCUAAGAGCGGUGCUCCUCAUGAGAUAUGCACCCAGCAUUGUUCAGAAUAUUAUUGCAGUGGCCUUGGGUGUAGAAGGCCAAGCCAAAGCACUUCUGGCCAGCAAGCUGAAGACGACGGCCUCCAGAAUCAAGGAUGUGAUCAUUUGGGGUAAUAUUAGUGGAAAUCACUACAUUGAUCUGAGACAAACCAAGGUUUAUGGACAUGAUGGUGCUAUUUGGGGACCUCCUGAAUAUUCACAUCCUGUUUUAAACUUGAUUUUUGAUAGUGACUGGGUAAAUAGAGAAUUUGUGUCCAUUCUUGAAGAACUGACAAGCACAGGGAGCAGAUCUGGAGGCAUCUUAACAGCACACAGUGUAGCUACUACCUUGAAGUACUGGUACAAUGAUUCACCACCGGGUGAGAUUGUAUCUUUAGGAGUGUUGAGUGAAGGCCAAUUUGGUAUUCCUGAAGGGAUUGUCUUUUCCAUGCCUGUGAAGUUUAAGGAUGGAAUGUGGAUAGUUCUUACAGAUCGUCAAGAUAUUGGAAUAAGUGAACAAAUGAUGGCCAAAAUAACAAAUGAUCUAAUUCAGGAGAAACUGACUGCACUUGGAGAAGUGACAAGUUUUCAAACCUAUCAACCAGACUUUAAAGAUACCACGAGUUAUGAUGUCCAGAAUGAAGAAAGCAGUGCAGUUGUAUCUGAAGAUGGAAAGCAGGUGGAGAGCACAGAAAAGUUGUCAGUCAGGCUCCAUGGGCCCCUGAGAGCCUUGCAGCACUGGACCCUGGCAGCCUUGAGCCUCUGCAGCCUUGCAGCAGCCGAGCAGCUGGCAGACCUGCAGCUUACUGCAGUUAACUGCCGGCCUCAUCUAUUGGGCCUGUGCAUUUUGGUGGACUUGGAAACUUGCUAG